CCCCUUCUUCAUCCUCCUCUCUUCUUCCCUUUCUCCCUCUCACGAUUGGGUAGAGUAUUUUUAUGCAAAUUUCAUCAAGAGUUGCAUUAGCUAGCUUGGUGUACGCAUGGUCAUCACAUAUGUUUCUCUCACCAACGUCACAAACUUUCUUCUUGUUAGAUAUACGGUGCUCUCCUUUAGGUGCACGUCGCUUUCUUCCUGCGUUUUAUUCUGCCCGCGCUAUCGGCCGCAUGGUAAAGCCUAGAUAUAUGGCGCCCGGCAGUCUCAUUCUCUGUCUUGGUGAAUCUAUUACUGCAUGGGACAGUGAAUAACCCAUUUAAAAACAAAACUGAUGACGGUAAAUUUUGAAAAACGGCUUGGUUCAAAAUAUCAGUAAACUUGAAUUUUAUUUGCUGCCGGAUCACAUCUGUUUCCAGUUUCCAUUUCCUUUAGAAAUAAAAAGUAGCUGAUCAAAAAACUUGCACCCCAUGCACCCAGAAGCUGCACCUGCAAUAUUGGCUAUUUUUUCUGCGGGAAAAUAUUGUACAACAAGUAUAGGUUUUCCACAACGAAAGUAAUAUAUAUCUUAAACGCACUGAAAAUGAUAUUUCUGGAUAGCUAGUUUCAACACUUAAUAAACUAUAAAAAUACAAAUAUUUGAGUUGGUUGAGAAACCCAAUUUAUUGUGUGGAAAAUGAAGCAUUUCUCAACCAUACACGAGCAGCAAACUAACAAAGCUUGCAUAUGAAGUCUCGACCUGUCUGGUGAGCAUGCAUGUCAGCUCAGUGGCGGCUUCCUUCAACCAACUUUUCCAAAGUCAGAAGGUUUAACUAACUAAGUACUGUAGUUAUGUAUAGCUAAGACAGAGUCUCUUUCUCUAGUGCCAUGCUAAUUUACCCAUAUACGUUUUUUCCAUAUCUUCCAUUGAUGCAAAAGUUGUGCACACUUACUGGGCAGGGCAUGCAGUUCUAGUGUGUCCUACCACUGUUGACAGGAGUCCCACCAAUUGGUUAAUGGUUUUGUUCUCUGAUUAAUUGGGUGCAACAACUGCAUAACUACCCGUCGCUAACCCUCCUUUUCUUCUUCUUCCUUGGGUUCGGGGCCGGUCGCGUCUUGACGUUUUUUUAGCGAUGUGGCACCGGCCGGCUACUCCAGUGUGGUCGUACUCAUUCGAGCUAAGCUAGUGGUGCUGCUACUGUUUCAUUCUUUAAGCUUGAUGAAAAUGAUUGCGCAAGGUCGCCCGCCGCUAGCUAACUCAAUAGCUUUGUUGCCAGUGGUAACUAACUCACUAUCUUUGCUCGUGUUGUCAUCGAUCAUGCUGCCAAAGUACAAGUGGUACAACUUGUCAGUAGUCACAAAGUAAACCCAGGUUCCUGUUGGUGUUUCAGAGUUUGGUCUACCUGGAAUGGUUGAAGAGAAUUAUGCAUGAUAGUAUGGCGUGGAGUCCAUCGGAGUGUGCUACGGCAUGAGCGCCAACAACCUGCCGGCGGCGAGCACCGUGGUGGGCAUGUUCAAAUCCAACGGGAUCAACUCUAUGCGGCUGUACGCGCCGAACCAGGCGGCGCUCCAGGCCGUCGGAGGCACGGGCGUCAACGUGGUCGUCGGCGCGCCCAACGACGUGCUCUCCGCCCUCGCUGGCAGCCCCGCCGCCGCCGCCUCCUGGGUCAGGAACAACAUCCAGGCGUACCCCAAGGUCUCCUUCCGGUACGUCUGCGUCGGCAACGAGGUCGCCGGCGGCGCCACCCAGAACCUCCUUCCUGCCAUGAAGAACGUUCAGGGCGCGCUGGCGUCGGCCGGACUGGGCCACAUCAAGGUGACCACCUCGGUGUCGCAGGCCAUCCUCGGCGUGUACAGCCCGCCCUCUGCCGGCGCCUUCACCGGCGAGGCGAACGCUUUCAUGGGCCCCGUGCUGCAAUUCCUCGCCCGCACCGGCGGGCCGCUCAUGGCCAACAUCUACCCGUACCUGGCCUGGGCCUACAACCCGAGCGCCAUGGACAUGAGCUACGCGCUCUUCACCGCCUCCGGCACCGUGGUCCAGGACGGAGCCUACGGGUACCAGAACCUGUUCGACACCACCGUGGACGCCUUCUACACGGCCAUGGCCAAGCACGGAGGCAGCGGCGUGAAGCUGGUUGUUUCGGAGAGCGGGUGGCCGUCGGGCGGCGGCCAGGCGGCGAACCCGGCCAACGCGAGGAUCUACAACCAGUACCUCAUCAACCACGUCGGACGCGGCACCCCGCGGCACCCGGGCGGCAUCGAGACCUACGUCUUCUCCAUGUUCAACGAGAACCAGAAGGACAACGGCGUGGAGCAGAACUGGGGGCUCUUCUACCCCAACAUGCAGCACGUCUACCCCAUCAGCUUCUGAUCGAUCGACCGAUCGAUCGAUCACAGGUAGCUGCUGGACACCGUAUGUCCGUACGCGCGUGUACGUGCGUAUAAGAGCAUCUACACGUACGUAUGUGCACAUUAUGUAUUUGUACAAUACAGCAACGGCUUGGAUCCAUGCGACCACUGAGAUAGUCUAUACAAUACUACUAGCUCAGAUGCGUACGCUAUAGUAGUGGUUUGGUACCGAGUAGUAUACUGGUAUUCUAGCUAGUAUACGAUUACGAUUGAAGGGAAGCAAAUGUAAACGCUCCCUUUUCUUGUAGAGCUUGAUCGAUAAGGAUAUGUGUAUGUAGCUAGGGUUUUUUAGUGCAGGAUCUACGUUUCAUUAAUUUUUGAUGAAACUUUGGUCGAAGAAUAAUAUCAGAAAUUUCGGGGAGGACCGAAAUGCUAUUGUACAUUA